AAUUAUAAUCUUGAACUUUCAGAACUUAUCWAACUGUAUCGAAAACUGUCUUGAGUCUCAGGGAGCAGAUUUCAGAAAUAUUAGCAAAAAAUGUGGUGCACAUGACAAUAAAGGAGGCGUUCUAUUCGACAGACUUCCAGGAAWCAACACCAACAAGAUAGCUUGUAAUGAUCUGCUUAAAGACUCCUAUGCUACAAAUACCUUCAGUGCUUCCCCYYAGGGUAUUCGUAUUCACUUUUACCGACAGAGGACUGGUAACCAAACCUAUGAUUAUGUUAACAUUACCUGGACACCACUAAACAUCACAGAUAAYUCCAAGAUAUGGACUUACUAUGCUGUAUUGCUGAUAAUAGGGGAAGUGAAAACGUCGAAAAUACCGCCUUGUCAUUUUGCUUUAGUUCCCAAGGAUCAAACAUUCUUGGCGAUCAACCUUUCUUCGAAUUCAUACACAUAUAAAUAUCCUGAGGGCAUUCAGUUUAAUGUUUUCACGUAUCCUUUCAAGCGCAACAACACAGGGGCCAAUUUUGCACAGUAUGGAAGCCCCCCACGUCAACCGUUUCCAAUGGUUCCAUUUUCAUACCCACCAAAACUAGAACAAGAUAUCACCUCGUCGUUAAUGGCCGCCAUAAUUGUCGGUACAUGUGUCGGUAUCGCGUUCUUUAUUGCUGUUGCUGUGGCAUGGAAACUCUAUGGACGUCUUCCAUCGUCAUUCGUCCACAAAAGAUCKAUCUCGCAAAUUGUCGAAGAAGAAUCUCAAGUCUAUCUAUCGUACUACAACGAAAACGAACAGUUUAUCGAGUACAUUAUGGCUAAUGUUGUUAAACCUUUAUUCGACAUGGGUUAUGUUGUUAUGAUGGAUAAAAUGUACCUGAACGACCAAGUAGACGAAGGACCAGCUAGAUGGGCGCAAACUCACAUAGCAAGCUCGUCUAAAGUCAUCGUUGUUUGCUCACCAAGAUACGUAGAGAUCUGUCAAAGAGGACAGGCAGCAGUUGGUGAUAAUCGYUCUAAAACAGAAGAAAGUAGAGUAUGGUUUGAGAUUCAGAUCAUCAGUAAUAUUUACACCAAGAAUAAAAGUGCUUCAAAGAUCAUCUGUCUUUGGAUGAAUAAUGGUCGUCCKCCUAAUGGUCUUCCACCUUGGAUGGGCGUUACCUACACGUGGCCCAAGGACAUCGACGAGAUAGUCAGAAGAUUAAAACGUCCCAACAGAAAAACCUUUACAUCAAUUUCGACGACAGAAAGUAACCUCAGUUACUCGGUGGACAUAAGCGAUGACGAUGUCUUUGACGGAAGAUCAAGUCAUGUGACAAUGAGCGUCUCAUGAGCCAGCGUACAAAGUUUCAGCGGACCUAAAGAACACUGUAUGGCGAAUAUUUAAUUUAUUUAAUGGUGUGCUACAUAUUCUACUUUUUUGUGUCUUGUCUGUUGACAAUUCCUGCUCAUCAAUCACUAUGCUUAUGCGAAUCGAAGACAUAACACCAGCGGUCACCAAUGAGACGAACAACAUGGCCGCCAUGACGUCACACUUCCUCCUUUGAUUGCCUGUGUACAUCCGGUUAAUAAUUGAUGACGGUCUUUACGGUAAACAACGGGUGAAACUCAGUCCUUUGAACAAGACAAUGAUACUUAAAACUGUAGUAUCCCAUCCACCAUUUCGGCUUCGGCUUGAGUUGGCGCCUAUCUUUACCUCUUUUCAGUUAAACUAUGACAACGACUCUUGAACUUGUUGUAAAAUAUGGAUGUAUAAUAAUCAUGUAAUAAUUGCCUUCACUUUAAAUAAAUAAGAACCGUUAAAGUACUCAUUG